UAGUUUAGAUGCACACAUUGAAUGAAAGUCAGGCGGCUGUGGCCACAGUGACUGACAAUAUCUGCACCGUCAGGUCGUAGCGCGGUUCAGAGCCGACAGCUGACCACUCACACUGUACCGGCGGGGAUAAGCUUACACGCUGGCACAAGCUCGGCUGAAGAGAUUGGUGAAAGGGGAAGAAGGACCGGGCUGUGUGCGUGCGUGUGUGUGAGUGUGAGUGAGUGAGUGAGGCAAUGCAGCGGGUCACUGCUCAGCUCGUCGCCGGGCUGGUCGCAGCGGUGCUGUCGCUGUGUUGGGCGGACGGCGGGGGCACCAGCCUCGCCGAACGCGUCAUCUGGGCUGUAAAUUCCGGAGGCGAAACACACGUAGACGUGCACGGGAUUCACUUCAAAAAGGACCCUUUAGAAGGGAAAGUUGGCAAAGCCUCCGAUUAUGGAGUGCGUCUGCCAAUUCUGCGCUCCAGUCCAGAAGACCAGAUCCUGUAUCAGACGGAGCGCUACAAUGAGGACACCUUUGGUUAUGAUGUUCCCAUUCGCGAGGAAGGAGACUAUAUACUGGUUAUCAAGUUUGCAGAAGUAUAUUUUGCCCAGUCGCAGCAAAAGGUGUUUGACGUUCGUCUCAACGGCCAUGUGGUGGUGAAGGAUCUAGAUAUCUUCGACAGAGUGGGUCACAGUACGGCUCAUGAUGAGAUCGUGCCUUUCUCUAUUCGCCGUGGCAAGCUGAGUGUUCAAGGAGAGGUGUCCACUUUCAACGGCAAACUCACUGUGGAGUUUGUGAAGGGUUACUAUGACAACCCAAAGGUCUGUGCACUCUAUGUAAUGAAGGGGACGCUAGAAGAUGUACCAAAACUUCAGCCUCAUCCUGGCUUAGAAAAACCAGAGGAAGGGGAGGAGGAAGAAGAGGAGGAGAGCGAAGGCGGCGAGGAAGGUGGGAAGAAAAAGAUCCCACCGGGUUCUAAGUACAGGGUCCAGUCGGGCCCGCGAACACCAAACCCAUACGCGGCUGACAACAGCAGCCUAAUGUUUCCCAUCCUCGUGGCGUUCGGGGUGUUCAUUCCCACACUGUUCUGCCUCUGUCGGCUCUGAGCUACGUCUUAGCUGUCGAGGAGACGCCGGAGGACGGGGACAGACG